CUUUGAGUUUCAUCAUUUUGUUUUCUUUUUUUUUCUCCUCUUUAAUUUCCUCGAUACCACCUGGUUCUUUCGCUCGUGGCCUCGUCGACUGCACCUUAUAGUUUCGUUCGCGAAUCGCUCGAUCGUGGGUAUGUGUUGCGUGCGACUCGUUUAACUAUUCUGGAUAUAUCCGUGGUGAACGUAAAGCUCGCGGUGUCGGUGAAUAGGGGGAAAAUUAAAGAACCGACAAUAUGAGAAACUCAACGCUAUUGAAAUGGGCGCAGAACUCGACGAACAGUAAAAACCAAACCAACAAGAAUGGCGGAACAAAUAGGAACUGGAUACACCCACCGGAUGCGCUCCAAAAAGGCCACAUCGCCUACUUAGUCAAGUACUUGGGCAGCACAGAGGUGGAUCAACCUAAAGGCAUCAAGGUUGUCAAAGAGGCAAUUUGCAAGCUUAAAUUUAAUCAACAGUUGAGGAAGAGCGAAGGUACGAAGACUCCUAAAGUGGAACUCACUAUAAGCAUCGAUGGAGUUGCUAUUCAAGAACCUAAAACGAAAACAACGCCAAAACGGAUUAUGCACCAGUAUCCACUGCAUAGAAUAUCAUACUGUGCCGACGACAAGGGCGAAAAGAAAUUCUUCAGCUUUAUCGCGAAAGAGGAAGACGCCGAGAGACACACGUGCUUCGUCUUCGUUAGCGAUAAAUUAGCUGAAGAAAUCACGUUGACGAUCGGUCAAGCCUUCGAUUUAGCGUACAGGCGGUUCUUAGAAACUUCUGGGAAAGAUCUGGAAACGCAGAGGCGUUGCAUGGUAUUGCAGCAAAAGAUAAAGCGACUGGAACACGAGAACAACGUGUAUCGCCAGCGGUUACAAGAUAUAGCUGCUAUCAAAGGAUCGGCUGAUGUGUCAGCAUAUCUGUCACAACACAAUCUUCCGGAUAUCCUGCACGUGCCUGGCGCUACGAAUGAAACAACGCAAAUAAAUGGAUCGAGUAAUAAGUCCUCUCUUGGCAUAAGUAACGACAGUAAUGGGAAUACCUCGAAUGGAUCACAACCUCCUCCAGUUCCUCCUAGAAGUUUCGAAAAAUCCUUCGACGAUAAUUUCAUGGGAAGCGAGCCAGCUCCAACACCGUCAGUUGGUACCAAAUUGGAGGGACUUCUGAUGGACGAAUUCGAGGAAGAUUUUAACCCUAGGGCGUACGAAAGUGCAGCUAAUGGACUGGGUAAUCAUCAAACGAAUCACAAUUCUCUUUUAAACGGUCAAGUAUCCUCGAAUUCCAACUUCUUUUCACAAAGCAAUGGCACUACAAGUCCUCCACCAUUAUUGGCCCCACCACCAAAAGCAAAGGAUUCUAGACGUCAAAACGGGGUGAAAGAAGAUUUAUUUGGUAGCAUCCCCUUCAAUCCUCCGCCACCUGUGAACGCAAAAAAUGAAUUCAACGAUCCGUUUGAAAUGGGCGAAUUCGGAGCAACACCGGCGAUUUUUAAUCCUAGCCAGCAAGAAUUAGAAAAUGCGAUUGGUCUUUUAGAUAAGAAGCUGCUCGAGAUGAAGGAUGGUUUUAGUAGAGGUCUUUCUAUCGACACCGAUGAUUUUUCUUUGGAAAGCUUGGAUCCGCUGCGGAAUUGAAUCAAACGUUUCUUUUAAAGGGAAAAAGAUUGAAAAGAGUAAUUCGUUGUCGUCUGUUCGUUAGAGAACAUAAAAGUCCCGGAAAUGAAUAGGCAAAUUAGGAACUACAUUUAUGCGAAACCAAAAUUAGUCAAUUAUUACUAUAAUUAUGCUAAUCGUAUAUUUAUCGUGAUGUUUGAUAUUUAUCAAAUGCCUAUUGAAUAUGGAUAGUCGCUUAGGUCUCGCUACCGAACGGUGCAGAGAUUGUCAAUUAUUAAAAAACACAGGGAAACAAAUGGUAUUGAUACUCGUAUAAUACUUUUGUUAAUACUGUUUGUUUCUUGUUAUAAAAAUUUGCAUUACUUUAACCGAAUGUAAGGAGGCAAAAAUACGAGAUAUUUUAACAAGAUUUCCUAUCCUAAUUCAUCGUAGAUGAAGCGAGCUAAGAAUGAUAAAGAAAGAAAUAAGUUUUCUUCCUUGUUUCUACAUGCAUGAGUGAAAGAACAAACUACUGUGCCUUGUAUCAGCAUUUAACGGGCUAAAUCGAAAGUUGCCCUUAAAACCGUAGGCCUAGUUCUUCUUGUUAAAGUUAGGAACUGUAACUUAUAAUCCUUACUGUUGGGAGAUGAUCCAUUCCGUGGAUAGGGUACCCAUAUAUAAAGUGUGUUAACACUUUCUUCCAUCAUAUCGCUAUAUUCCUUUCCAAGCGUGUGAAAGUUAGAAUCAUGUCAAGCUAUCGUUUUUAAUCGUAAUCAAGCGAAUACCGCGUUAUUUUUAAUCGAGAAGUAACAGAGGGCAUAACGUAGGUGCCUUCAUUAUCGCAGGGUUCAAUUAAAAAAAAUAUUAGUAAUAUAUUUUUAUGCAUCUUUCCGUCGUGAAUUGAAGCACUAACUGAAAUAGCAAUAGAAAUCAUUACUAUUAAUAGAUGGCUGUAUACCUAACAUCUGAAUCUCUUCUACCGAUCUUUCAUCUUCUACUUUCCUUUACCCGUUCUUUCAUUUUCCAUUUUAUUCAUUCAGCAUCGUUAUAAUAUAAAGAAAAAAAGGAACGGAAAACAUAAGGAAAAUGUAAAAUGGUAUGAAUGCUGUGUAAUAUCUUAGUCAUAAAUUUUGCAGACACUUAUGCAUGCAUGUAAAUGUCAUGCAAUCUUUAAGGUCAUACAAGAUGAUAU